AUGGAGACAGAAGGAACACAUCCUGUCAGACAUGUGUCUGCAAUGGUGGACUUUGGGAAUGCUCUCAUCGUAGCUGUCCCAGCAGAUGGAUAUGAUUGGAAAGUAACUAUUGAGAUGCACAUGUGUCAAAAAGCAGUUGGACAGAUAUGUGUAAGACGUGUUUCAUAUUACCAGUCUAAGGUCAAUUAUGAAUUCAACAAUAAUGGUGACAUUUACUCUGAUGGAGUUGAAAUUAAACUUCCUCUAAACCAGGGCUUAUGUGGCAACUUCAAUGACUAUGCAGGUGAUGACUUCGAGUCUGCACAGUCCAUGGAUGAAGGAUUGGUUACCAAUUUUGCUAAUUCGUGGAUCAUUUCUGGUGCUGUUUGUAAUUCUUCAGAUUCAGAAGAACCUACUUGCGUUAGUUCAGAAAAAGAUAAUUAUGCUAAAGAACAUUGUGCUGAGCUGAUGGACAGUAAAGGGGCUUUUGCCCCUUGCCACCAUGUAGUGGAUUACAGCGUAUACUAUAAGAUGUGUAAGGCUUCCAUCUGCACUUGUCAAAAUAUUGAUCGCUGCAUUUGUGCUGUAUUUGGUUCAUAUGUUCAUGCAUGUGCAGAAAACGAGGUGCUCCUGACACAAUGGACUGGAAGUAUUUGCAAUACAACUUGUGAUAAGAACCAAGUUUUUGACAACAACAUGACAACAUGUAACCGGACUUGCAGAUCACUGUCAAAACCUGACUUCACCUGUAGUGUUCAGGAUGUUCCAGUUUAUGGAUGUGGCUGUCCUGCAGGAAAGUACAUGGAUGAAAAUGGACUCUGUGUUGAGCAAGGAAAAUGCUCAUGUUACCACAGGGGCAUUUAUAUUUCACCUGGAGAAAGUAUUGAUGAUUGCCAGAUCAAUGCGUUCCUGGUUGCAUCUGUCCUGAAGGUAAAGCUGAAGAUGACAAUGGAAAUUGUGUUUGGCAUAAAAAAUGUCCUUGCUUGUUUGAAGGAGAGAGCCAUCAUGAAGGAAAACACGUGCCAGGGUGGAGUAUGGAACUGUACUGAGAAACAUUGUUCAAAGACCUGUAAGGUUUAUGGUGAAGGUCAUUUCACAACAUUUGAUGAGAACACAUAUACUUUUGAGGGGAACUGUGAAUAUAUAUUUGUUCAGGACCACUGCGGAGGAAAGAUUGGUACUUUCCAGAUACUGUUUGAAAAUGUUGCAUGCUGUGAAGAUGGAGUGACAUGUUCCAGAAAUAUCAAAAUUAUAUUUCAGGAUAAGGAACUAUCUUUGGAAGAUGGGAAAGUAAAAGUUUCUGAAUCAAAUUCCAUAUCAACAUGCACAGAAGAUCCCUAUUCAUAUCACACCGUCGGACUCUAUCUAAUUCUCACAUUUUCCAAUGGGAUCGUUAUAAUUUGGGACAAACACACAAGACUUUCUGUAACACUAGAUAAACAAUGGAGGAACAAAGUGUGUGGUCUCUGCGGAAAUUUCAAUUAUGACACCGAAGAUGAUCUAACAACCAGAUUUAACUCAAUGGCGAGCAGCUCCGCUGAGUUAGGGAACAGCUGGAAAUCUAAUCAGUUCUGCUCUGAUUCGGUGAAUCAGACAUUUCCAUGUGAGAGAAACCCAUUCUGUUCUCCAUGGGCACAGAGAAAAUGUUCCAUAAUUAAAGACCCAAAUGGAGCAUUUAAAACAUGUCACAAAAAGGUUAACUCUGAGCCAUAUUAUGAAGCUUGCAUUAAGGAAGCAUGUGCCUGUGAUAUGCAGGGAAAAUAUCUGGGUUUUUGUACAGCUGUCGCUGUGUAUGCAGAAGCUUGUAACAAAGUUGGUGUUUGUGUUCGCUGGAGAACGCCUGAACGCUGUCCUGUCUUUUGUGACUAUUACAACAGCCCCGGUGAAUGCAGCUGGCAUUAUCAACCAUGUGGAUCUUUGACAGUAAAAACAUGCAGUGACCAUUCAAUUCGAAGAAAACUCUCUGCCAUCCUUGAAGGUUGCUACCCGAAGUGCCCAGACAGUACUCCUUAUCUGGAUGAAAAUACAAUGAAAUGUGUCAACCUAGAUGAGUGCACUUGUUAUUACAAUGGCAAAAUAUAUCAUCCAUUUGAAAAUGUACCUGACUGUGGAAACUGGUAA